GCCGAUUGUUCAGUUAGCCGCUCACGCUCGUGGAACGCACUUGGACAGCUCGCUAAUUCCCGCUGUUCUACCGGUUGUACCUUCACCUGGCUUUCGAUUGAUUUGUGGCUCAAAUCUAAUCGCAGUGAAAGUGGAUUUCUGAUUAGGAUUGGAGCGAUAGGCGCCCUUCGAACGGAAUCGCACUUCAAUGCUCAGUCUUUCGACAGUCUCGAUUGGUUACGAGUGCGUGAACUAGCUGUCAAAAUGGGCAUCAAGGUGAAGGAGACGACUCCCGAACAAAUCGCUGAGCUGCGCGAAAGGUUCAACAGCAAAUAUGCCUCUUCACCGCCAGCAGCGCCCUUCCAUCCAACUGAUAUUGAUCGCAUUCGCAACGAUCAUCUUUGGCUUCAGAGAUUCCUGGAAAUGCACGAUCUCGACAUGGAUGCAUCCUUCGCAAAAUUGUGGGAGACCUGCGUUUGGCGCCAAUCUUAUGGGGCUAAUGAUCUUGACGAAAGCCAGCUGAACCAGGAAUACCUAAAGGAAGGUUCGAUUUUUGUCCACAGCACUGAUGUGGAUGGAAAGCCUCUGUUGAUAUUCCGCGUGAAACUGCAUAGUAAGUCCAAGAAUCUGGACGAGCUGAUCCGCAUCGUAGUUUACUGGGUGGAGAGAACCCAGAGGGAGCGGCACUUGAUCCAGUUGACCAUAUUCUUCGACAUGUCCGGCACGGGAUUGGCCACCAUGGAUCUGGAUUUUGUCAAGCGGAUUGUGGAGACUUUCAAGCAGUACUAUCCCAAUACCCUGAAUUACAUUUUGGUUUAUGAGCUUGCUUGGGUACUUAAUGCUGCCUUUAAGGUCAUUAAGGCCCUGCUGCCACCCAAAGCGGUUGAGAUUUUGAAAAUGAUAUCGAAAAAGGACAUCAGUCAGUACAUAAGCAAGGACAAAUGCCUGGCCAGCUGGGGUGGCGAGGAUAACUACGAAUUUAGCUUCGUGCCGGAGCCAAAACAGGUUUCAUCCAAACCGGUGGCCGCAAGUGCCGGCGAUGAUGAGCAGUUCGCGGAUAAGAAGGUCACAUUUGCCAACACAGCUCCUGUUGUGCUCAAGGAGUCGAACAUCAACGAGAUGCACACUCCAUCCGAGGGCAUGUUGCAAGUUUGUCCGAAGGAGUUUGUCAACUUUAGCUCCAAGAAUGCGAUGGCCACGCUGAACCUCAAGUCGAUUGCGGAGUCGGUUGUGACCUACAAGAUCCAAACGACUUCGCCGGAAAAGUUCCGUGUGCGACCACGCUGCGGGUUAAUCCAGCCCAACCAGCAGGAAAGCAUUAACAUAUGGCUGAAACCAGAGCACCAGCUCAGUGGCGAGAGCAAGGAUAAGUUCCUGGUGAUGGCCAUGGUGGCGCCCGACUCGGAGUGCGGCAGCUGCGAUGUGGCCGAGCUGUGGCGGAGCAAAUCCCCCUCGGCGGGGGACGUGGAGCAGCAUCGACUGGUCUGUCGCAUUGAAGAAAGCAAAUGCAAAUCGGAACCCGAUUGUGGGAACAAAGCUAGUAAAGCCAGUGUAAACUGCAAGAAGUCGGCUACUGCACAAGACCCAGUAUCGAUGAUGGAACGCCAGUUGGCGUUCACCCAGAACCUGCAAUACGUUACGCUGGCGCUGCUUUUGCUGCUGUUCGCGGGAUUCGGAUUUCUGAUGUACCAGCAGAUGGGCCACCACACCGGCACUUGUGCCAAGUCGACGGCGUACUCGUGCGGCAAGCGCAAAUAAUAUUUACUUUCACCGUGUAAUCUGACCAGGCAGGAGCUUGACGAUGCCGCUCGCAAUAUCCACAAUAAUAACGACUACGAUUGCCACGACGACUGCCGCGAACUAGAGAACUGCGCUUGUGCUUUUGAUUUGAUGGAUUUGGGUCUGGAGUGCGCAGAUACGCUGGACCCGUUCGAUGGCGAGUGCCUGGAGAUCCUCAUCCAGACGUAUUUGCAGCUGUGUCGCAGCUGUCAAGGCAUCGACGGCGAUCGGCAGCUGGGCGGAGUGGCUGCCGGCGGCCAUCUGCUGGGACUCAUCGCCUUCGCAAGGAAGCUGGUGCGCGUCGUCCUUUCGCUGUCGUUGCUGUGCGGCAUCCUUUUCAUGAGCUUCUACCUGGGCAGCAACUACGGCGGCAAUUCCACCUCAACCACCACCAGCAUCACCACCUCCCUAGCCGCCGUCGAUUCGGGCAGAGGCAAUCGUCAGCCGUGUUACUACUCGUAGUCAAGCCAAAAUCCUUACCUCUGUUUGUUUACCAGAAAUAGCAAUUUGUACCAGUUUGACCCUUGCCAGAUAUAUAACAUUGCAAGUCGCAUCGAAAAAUA